GCGGAACCUCGGGGCAGCCAAGAAUGGAAGAACAUGAUUUGACCUUUCACCCCGGAAGUGGCGGUUUGUUACGAUGGCGACGACAACGGAGCUGAAAUUGGCUCUGAAGGAGACCCUAGAAUCGAGGGGGGUUCUGGGUCAGCUGAAAGCCCGGAUCCGAGCCGAAGUGUUCAAUGCCCUGGAUGACCAGAAUGAAGCCCGGCCUCCCCUGUCCCAUGAGAACCUGCUCAUCAACGAGCUGAUUCGCGAGUACCUGGACUUCAACAAGUACCGCUACACUGCCUCCGUGCUGACCGUGGGUAGGCGUGGGGCAGGGGAAGAGUCAGGCCAGCCGGAGUUGCCCCUCGACAGGCAGUUCCUGGCCAACGAACUGAACGUGGUGGAGGACGCCAGUGCCAGAUCUGUACCACUUCUCUACAGUUUGCUUGGCCAUUUUUUGAACAGCGGUCCAGGUGAUAAAGGGACCAGGCUGUUACUGAGAAGGGCGGCAGCGCCUCUGGCCUCCGAGAAGAACAAUUUCAGUUCUCGCGAGGGCAACAGAGCCGGUGAGCUGUGACCCUCUGAUUACUCCUCCCAGAGACAAACCAGGGACGGACAUAUAGGCCUUUCUCUUGGUGACAUUAAAGCACGGCACUGCUCUUCAGUAUUUUUCUUAAUUUGUAGUAGACCACUUUUGUGCUCGGAACUGGAUCUCUCUAUCAAAUCCCCUCACCAAUAAGAUCCCAGGAUGAAGUCCGUCUGCGCCAGCCACCACUGAAUACUUACCAGCCUCUGUACUAAUUGAGUUGCAUUUGUGUUGCUUCUACGAGAAUCUGCUAUACAGUUGUUGUAAUGUGAGAGCUGUGACAGAAUUAACUACCAGUAUCUUUGUUGAAUCCUUUUGAGAGGAACAGCUAUUUUGGGAGUUUAAAUCAGGGAGGGCAAGACAUACAUUUCCAGGAACCUCAUUUCAGUACACAAGAUAAGAUUCUUUCUAAUGGUUUUCAUGUUCUUAAUUCUGACGCCUGGUGAACUACAUGCAGUUUUAUAUUCAAUAAAGAUAUUUAUUUCAUAGUG